AUGGACCAGAAACAGAACUACCUCUUGUUGUGGCCUUAGGCAUGCGCAUGCGCAUGUAUAGGAAUAAUCAGUGAUCACCCCAUUUCUUGCAAGAUCAGAGAUGGCUAGAGACAACAGGAUCACUGCUCCUGAGUUGGAACAGUUCAUAGUCGCUACAGUUCAGUUGACUGGACGCGUUCUAGGAGCAGGUGCUUAUGGCAGUGUGGAAGAGGUGGAGAUACCUGGAGCAACAGUAGCUGCCAAAAAAUUGCACCAACAGCUUGUCAACCUGGGUUCUCCACAGCAGAUUGAGAAAUGGGUGACUGAUUUCGUGGAGGAGUGUAAGCUGAUGAGCCAGCUCCGUCACCCUCAUAUAGUACAGUUCCUGGGGGUGUGCUAUCUGCCUGGAUCGCAACUCCCCGUACUACUAAUGGAGAAGCUACAAACCAGCCUCGACAACCUUCUGGAAACGAGCCCCAACAUCUCUAUUGACCUCAAAGUGCACCUUUUGAUGGGGACUGGCCGAGGGGUGGUCUAUCUGCACAGCCGCACUCCACCCAUUGCCCAUCGUGAUCUGUCUGCCAAGAACAUUCUAGUCGAUAACGGUCUCAAUGCAAAGAUAGCAGACUUGGGUGUUUCUAGGAUUGUGAACAUUCAGCCUGGUCGGCUAGCUGCCUCGAUGACUCAAAUGCCAGGCACUGGUGUGUACAUGCCACCAGAGGCAGCUCAAGAGGAAGGGAUCACACGAUACAACACUGCCAUAGACAUCUUCUCCUUUGGUGUAGUAUCUCUGUUCACACUGACGCAAACCUUCCCAAAGGAGAUCAAGCCUUCAACAUAUCGAGAUCCUGCUACUCGAAGGAUUGUUGGCCGAUCAGAAAUCGAACGGCGUGAAAAGUACAUAGUGCCGAUGACAGCAGAUCUUGGUGAGACCCACCCCCUAGUCCAGUUGACCCUCGAUUGUCUGGAGUAUGAUCAAGAAGAUCGACCAUCUGCUGUGGUGGUGUUGAGACGUUUGAAGGAGGUUGGAACAACACUCCCUCAGAACUGCACCCAGACCAAGCUGGAACUGAUUCAACAGGUUUCUGUGAAAGAAGAAGAACUGCAAGUUGCUGAAACAGUUACCAAUAAGAAGCAAGCUCAAAUUUCAGCAAUGGAAAAACUACACAUAGAGGAAAUCAAACAAAGAGAUGAAGGAAUCAAUCACCUUCAGAGAGAAAUCGCUCUAAUUCGACAACAAAAAGAUGCCCAAAACAGUCGAUUGCAGGAAGUUGUUGAUCGUCUUCAAACGGAGAAUCGAGAGCAAGUUCGUCGACUGGAAGAACAAACUUUUCUCUUACCAAAUCAGUUCAAACCGUGCAUUGAAUCAGAUUGUCUCUCCAAUGGAGUGGGGUCUCAGCCUCGGGAGAACCAACCUCAGGGCUCAGGACAGGGAGACUUCCCCGUGCCUAAACCUAGGAAAAAGACAACCACAAACAAAAUCCUGAAAGCACUUACCAACAAUUCGAGCAUUCCGCUACCAUAUAAGUCAAUCAUACAAUCAACUGUUCCGGUUGCCAUCUCCUUCAACCAGACAAAAUCCAAGGAACUGCCACUGGGGAUGAAUUCAUGCGAUCAACCUGUGAUUAUGAAUGGGAAGCUGUACAUGAAAGGUGUGAAUAACUUUACUCGGACUGUGCUAGUAUACACACCAGAACAGGAUAUUUGGGAUGAGCUACCACCUCCUCCAAUAUGGGAUUUCACUGUAGCAACACUGAGCGGUCGACUGCUAGUGGUUGGAGGUAGAGACAAAUCUACUUUAUUGAAAACAAAUACCAUCUUAGCUUUCGAUAAGCGCUCUCGACGAUGGGUCCAGUCACUUCCCCCCAUGCCCGUAGCAAUAGCAUGGCCUGCAGUCGCUGGAUAUCAGGACCAUCUGAUUGUUGUCGGUGGACGUAACACAAGCUACAACAAGACAGAUGAUGUGAAUAUUCUUGACACUAACAGUAAUAUAUGGAUCACAGCUGAACCACUUCCCAGCACUGAUGACUACAUGACUUCGAUAAUUGGAGAUGCACUGUAUCUUGUAGGUCAAGACACUAUGCAAGUAUUUCGAGCUCAUAUACCCUCCCUAAUUUUGCGCACCAGUACUGUUGUGUGGGAAUCCGUCGCAAGGGUACCAUUCUAUUGGUCGUCUCCCAUUGCCAUUGGCAGCACUCUCAUGGUUCUAGGUGGUCGUAGUGGUAUUUUCGGAGGAGUUAACAUUACAUCGAGCAUCCAUAUGCACAGUCCGGCCAAAGACAAGUGGACUUUUUGUGGUGACAUUCACAAGCCAAUAGAGCGGUGUCACUGCAUUGAACUAUCAGGCAAAGUAUACCUACUUGAUGGUUCAAGUUCAAUAGCUGUUUACACAGUAACGUAACCCUAUUAUGCAUGUAGAUCCUUAUAAACACUUCUCGAGUAUAAACAUGUACAUACAACGUCAUGAAAACAAUAAAGUGUUGACUGUCAUUAUUCGUUUGAAUUCUA